AUGAAUUUAAGUAGCAUUGGUAAUGCUUUAUCAAGAGAAAAACUUGAUUCAGAUUCUCUUGUAAAAAUUUUAUGGCCAAAAGAAAAAUGCCGGCUUCUUCGAGAUGAUGUGGUUCUAGUCGACAGUCCUGGCAUCGAUGUUUCAGUUAAUCUCGAUGAAUGGAUUGAAAAAUAUUGUUUAGAUGCUGAUGUAUUUAUACUUGUUAUAUCAGCUGAAGCAACGAUUACAGGAGCAGAAAAGAAAUUUCUACAUAAUGUUGCCCAACGUUUAUCAAAUCCGAAUAUAUUUAUUUUAAUGAAUCGUUGGGAUGCAACAGAUAAUGAACCUGAAAUGGUUGAAUUGGUGAAACAACAACAUCUUGAUCGAGGUUUAGAAUUUCUAUGUGAUGAGUUAAAUCUAUGUGAACGAAAAGAAGCUACAGAACAUCGAAUGUUUUUUAUUUCAGCCCGUGAAGCUUUAUUAAAUCGAAAUAUUGAUAUAAGUACUUCAUCAAAAAGUGGAUUUAAUAAAGCAUAUAAAGAACGUCUUGUUGAAUUUAAUAAAUUUGAACAUGAAUUUGAAAAAUGUAUAUCAAAAACAGCUGUACAAACAAAAUUUGAACAACAUACAAAUCGUGGAAAAGAAAUUGUCAUAUUAUUAAGUGAAAUAUUAACUAAUAUAAUUGAUAAAUCACAAACAAUAAAACAAGAGUCUACUGAAAAAUUAAUUGAAAUGGAAGAAAAAAAUAAUUUUCUUGAACAUGAAUUAAUUUCAAUAACUGCAAUAGCUAAAGAAAAAAUUCGAUAUGUAUCAGAAGAUGUUUAUAAAAGAGUAGCACAAACUUUAAAUGAUGAAAUUAAACGUCUUUAUACAUUGAUUGAAGAAUUCGAUCGUCCAUUUUCAUCUGAUCGUGAUCAAAUUCCACUCUAUAAACAAGAUUUACAUCGUUGGAUUGAACAGCGACUUGGUUCAAAUUUACAAAAUCGUCUUCACACAACAUUAUAUAAUUCAUUAGAUAUUGUUCAUAGUGAAAUAAAAGAACAUGUUAAAUCAGUAUUAUCAACAAAUGAACGUAGAUCAUCCGUUGAUUCAAUAAUUCCACGUUCGGAUUUUGCUAUAUCAUAUCGUUUGGAUUGUUCAAAUCUUUGUUCAGAUUUUCAUGAAGAUAUACAAUUUAAAUUUUCAUUUGGUUUAACAUCAUUAUGGGAGCAUUUUGUUCUAAGUCAAAAUAAAUCAAAAUAUACAUCUUCAUCAUUAUUUAAUUCUUCAAAUGAUUUAAUUACAACAGCAAAUAAUCUAACAGCAUUAUCAACAUCAAAAUCUAGUUUAGUUGCAUUAGGCAUUUCAGCAUUAAUAUGGCGUAGUAUUGGAUGGAAAAUGGUUGCUAUUGUUGGUAGUAUUUAUGGUAGUUUUUAUCUUUAUGAAAGAUUAAUGUGGACAAAAAAAGCACAAGAACGUGCAUUUAAACGUCAAUAUGCUGAUUAUGCAUCAGCAAAAAUGAAAUUAAUUGUUGAUUUAACAUCAGGUAAUGCAAGUGCACAAGUUCAACAAGAAUUAUCAAUGUAUUUCGCACAAACAAUACAUUAUGUUGCUAUGGAAAAAGAUGACAUUCUAGAUAAUAUACAAGAAACUAGAAACGAAACAAAUCAAUUAAAAUCUUAUAUUGAUAAAGGAAAAAAAAUUAAGAAACAAAUCGACAAAAUUGACAAUGAAUUAAAUCAAUUCUCAAAACAAUAUUUAUUAGUUGAUUCAACGAACACAACAAAUUGA